GAAUGAACUAAAAUCAGUCACGUGACAAGCGGCGAAGCACAGCUGAGCAACUCGCGAAACAAAGUGAGGUUAAGUUUUGCAUGGAUUAUUUUGUGUUAUUUUAUCAUAUUGAGCGGAUCACCAUGCUUUCGCAUCGUAUAAACAACUUUCUGCGGCACUCAUAUGCUCGUGUAAUUUCCAAUUGUCGUAAUUUUGCAUCAGCGAACGUUGAAACAGAUCCGACAGAAAGAGAUCCGGCACCAAUUUUCUUCGACAAAUACGUUCAAUCGUAUCUCAAAAGAUUGACGACUUUGGAUUACACCAAAGUCUUCCGGACUCGCAAAGAUGGACACAGGCUCAAACCACCAGAGUAUAAAUUCUUAACAGACGAGCAGCUUUACGAGGCUAAGCAAGUAGCGAAGUAUAAAGCAAAGAAGUAUCUGCAAAUGCCACCAGUGAUAAAACAAAGAUUAGAUCCGUCUGCACCAUUAUGUGAAGAUCCUGCAUUAAGAGACCACGAUACUGCUAAAUAUGUGUUCACCGAUAUCACAUAUGGUCUCAAGGAUAGAGACAGAUUUGUAGUGAUCAGAGAACCUGAAGGCACAUUGAGGUACGCCACUGGACAGGAGCGAGAUAGGAUUAUACAAAUUUAUUUCCCAAAACCAUCGAGGGAGAUAGAGAUACCAAAAAUGUUUGGAGGCGAAUACUUACAAAGCUUAUUAGAUCGCAAUGAAUAUAUAUUCAUUUUGGAUCGAGCGUGCGUGCAGUUUGAACCUGACGACCCAAGUUAUCAGGCGAUAACACGAGAAGUCUACGAGUAUAUAAACAAAGAGAAACAUUUCGAUUAUUUGAGAUCUACGCGUCAUUUUGGGCCAAUGGUAUUUCAUUUGGCGUGGACGAAAAAUAUUGACAAUUUAUUGUGCGAGAUGAUCGAAAAUGGUCGGAUUAAGGACGCUGUGAUACUGAUACGUCUCUAUCAUACGAUUCAUCCGACAUUGAAAUCAGCGGUCGAUCAGUGCAAAGAAAAGAAUUACGUAGAAUUUAUCAUGCAUUAUGCGCGUCUAGACUCGUCGAGAAAAAGUACGAUCGAGAAGCUCUUGCAAGCAUAUAAAGAAUUGCAAUACGAACGUCAAAUCGUGGAGGAAGGUAUUAAACAGGCGCACGUGGUUUCAGAAACUGAUAAAGUGUAAAUAUAAACCAAUAAAUUUAGUAUUUCUAUAUAUAAUUAUCUUAUUGAUUUACGUCGUUCCAUCUAUGGUAUGAUAAUGAUCAAUGAUACAAAAGCGAUUAUUCGAAAUAUCCUGGUAUAAUUUUAUAAUGAAUUAUUCAAAAUAAUACUUGUUCGAAAAAUGUUUAUGAGAAGAUGAGGAACAUUUGUAAAUUAAAUUGAUAAUGAGUAAAUUACAGAAAGGCUUUUAAUAAGAGAAAAACCAAUCUAAUACCAUAAUUUAUCUAUCUAGUUUUAAUCUUCAUUAAGAAAAGAUUUACAUGACGAAUUUCUCCGAAAGAGAAGGAAGUUCUCCUUAUUAGAGAGUCUCUUAUUCCUGUAGAAUAAGAAUGGGACUGCAUUACAGGGUAUAUCAUGAUUUGCCUUUUAUUCGUUGUUCGUAAGGUUGAAUAAAUCGAUGGAUAACAGAGACAAACGGUGGUCGUCAGGAUAAUUCGAUGAUUAUUACUCGAUUAUUUUAUUAUACGUACGGUAGUACUUACAAACAUUUACAAAUGUAACAAGUCAAUUCGAUUUGGCGUACAGGAUCAUCAGAAAACAUUACACUAAUGAUUCUCGCUAAUCGCGUUACGGGAGAGAGAACGGAGAUGAAAAAAAAACAUAUAAUCGAUUACGAACGAUCCGCGUUUGAUUUACGCGAAUCGACAGCGCGCACCUUCAGUCCGAAACGCUUCGUUUACGAUUAAAAGGAAGGAGAAGGGACGAGGGACAGGGAUCUGGAAAUUGAUUAUACUUAGCGAGCGCGAUUAAACGUAUUUUUCGAUAACAAAUAUAAUUCUAGCUCUAAUUACGAUACGCCGCGAACGAAAAUGCACCGUUCAAAGUAUAGCUUUCAGUAAAUGCAAUAUAUAAUUGUGUGGCGUAAGUACCUACAAUAAGCGCGAUGUAACAAUUAUACAAAUCCGAUGUGGAGAUAAAAUUAAAAAAACGAGAGAAAAAAGUAUUUUUUUUCUUCUCGUGGGAUCUCGUGUCGAUACAUGAUGAGCACUCGCAAGUAAAUGCUCGUUAUCGAUCAUUAUCGUUCGCCUUAUCCUUAAUAUGUGUAUGCGUGUGUGUUGUGUGGGUGUGUGUGUGUGUGUGCUCUUAUUGUAAGUAAUUAUGAUUUCCCUAUAGAGACAUGUGUGCUUGUAUGACAGUGGAAAAUAAAUAAGAUCUUUAUA